UCGGGAUCAGCUGGGCCUGUACUUGGGGCCGCGGGGCCCCGCGUAGGGGAGACGCAGCGUCUUCCAGCCUGGCCGGCCCGGGGGUGCGGCUGAGGCGGCGCUACCAGCCCGGAGCGAGCGCGGAGACCUGCCGCCAUGCACGACGCCUUCGAGCCGGUGCCGAUCCUGGAGAAGCUGCCGCUGCAGAUAGACUGUCUGGCGGCCUGGGAGGAAUGGCUGCUUGUUGGCACCAAACAAGGACACCUCCUUCUUUACAGGAUCAGGAAGGAUAUAGGAGAGGUUACGUCAUCAGAAAGUGGCUGUUGCAACAGAUUUGAAGUGACACUAGAGAAAUCCAACAAGAACUUCUCAAAAAAGAUUCAGCAGAUUCAUGUUGUUUCCCAGUUUAAAAUUCUGGUCAGUUUGUUAGAAAAUAACAUUUAUGUCCAUGACCUGUUGACAUUUCAACAAAUCACCACAGUCUCUAAGGCAAAGGGUGCAUCUCUGUUCACCUGUGACUUACAGCACUCUGAUACAGGGGAGGAGGUGCUGAGGAUGUGCGUGGCAGUGCGGAAGAAGCUACAGCUGUAUUUCUGGAAGGACAGAGAGUUCUAUGAGCUACAGGGGGACUUCAGUGUGCCGGAUGUGCCCAAGUCUAUGGCAUGGUGUGAAAAUUCUAUCUGUGUAGGUUUCAAGAGAGACUAUUAUCUGAUAAGGGUGGAUGGAAAAGGGUCCAUCAAAGAACUGUUCCCCACAGGGAAGCAGCUUGAACCAUUGGUGGCUCCCUUAGCAGAUGGAAAAGUUGCAGUUGGUCAAGAUGAUCUAACGGUAGUACUUAACGAAGAAGGGAUUUGUACUCAGAAAGGUGCCUUGAAUUGGACAGACAUUCCCAUAGCUAUGGAACAUCAGCCUCCAUACAUCAUUGCGGUGCUACCAAGGUAUGUGGAGAUUCGCACUUUUGAACCCCGGCUGCUGGUGCAGAGUAUUGAGCUGCAAAGACCACGCUUCAUCACCUCCGGAGGUACGAAUAUUGUGUAUGUGGCCAGCAAUCAUUUUGUUUGGCGUCUCCUUCCAGUCUCCAUAGCAACCCAGAUCCAGCAGCUUCUCCAAGACAAGCAGUUUGAAUUGGCUCUGCAGUUGGCGGAAAUGAAAGAUGAUUCAGAUAGUGAAAAGCAACAACAGAUUCAUCACAUUAAGAACCUUUAUGCCUUUAACCUCUUCUGCCAGAAGCGCUUCGAUGAAUCCAUGCAGGUUUUUGCCAAGCUUGGUACAGAUCCCACUCAUGUGAUGGGUCUGUAUCCUGACUUGCUGCCCACUGAUUACAGGAAACAGUUGCAGUAUCCUAAUCCUCUGCCUGUGCUCUCUGGGGCUGAGCUGGAGAAAGCACACUUAGCACUCAUAGACUAUCUAACUCAGAAAAGAAGUCAGCUGGUAAAGAAGUUAAAUGACUCAGACCACCAGUCCAGCACCUCACCCCUCAUGGAAGGAACACCCACCAUCAAAUCCAAAAAGAAGUUGCUCCAAAUCAUUGACACCACCUUGCUCAAGUGUUACCUACAUACAAAUGUAGCUCUGGUAGCACCGUUGCUACGUCUGGAGAACAAUCACUGCCAUAUAGAAGAGAGUGAGCAUGUACUGAAGAAGGCACACAAGUACAGUGAGCUGAUAAUACUGUAUGAGAAGAAAGGGCUGCAUGAAAAAGCUCUGCAGGUGCUAGUGGAUCAAUCAAAGAAAGCCAACUCGCCUUUGAAGGGCCAUGAAAGGACAGUGCAGUAUCUACAGCAUUUGGGCACAGAAAACUUGCACUUGGUGUUCCUCUAUUCCACAUGGGUGCUCAGAGACUUUCCUGAUGAUGGUUUGAAGAUAUUUACAGAAGACCUUCCUGAAGUAGAAUCCUUGCCUCGAGACAAAGUACUCAACUUCUUGAUAGAAAGCUUUAAAAGCCUGGCUAUCCCUUACCUGGAACACAUCAUCCAUGUUUGGGAGGAGACGAGCUCAGAAUUCCACAAUUGUCUGAUCCAGCUGUACUGUGAGAAGGUGCAGGGAUUAAUGAAGGAAUAUCUCAGCUCCUUCCCUGCAGAUAAAAUUCCAGUGCCUGCUGGAGAGGAGGACGGAGACCUGGGGGAGUAUCGGAGAAAGCUGCUCUGUUUUCUUGAGAUUUCUAGCUGCUAUGAACCUAGUCGUCUCAUCAGUGAUUUCCCCUUUGAUGGCCUCCUAGAAGAACGUGCCCUGCUGUUGGGUCGUAUGGGGAAGCAUGAACAAGCCCUCAUUAUUUAUGUCCACAUUCUGAAGGAUACCAAAAUGGCUGAAAUGUACUGCCAUAAACACUAUGACAGAAGCAAAGAUGGCAACAAAGAUGUGUAUCUGUCUCUGCUCCGGAUGUAUCUAUCCCCACCUAGUGUUCAUUGCCUGGGGCCAAUCAAGAUGGAACUGUUGGAGCCUCAAGCCAAUCUCGAGGCUGCCCUGCAGGUUUUAGAAUUGCACCACAGCAAAUUAGAUACUACCAAGGCUAUAAACCUGCUCCCAGCAAAUACUCAAAUUAGUGAGAUUCGAAUCUUCCUAGAAAAAGUCCUUGAAGAAAAUGCCCAGAAGAAGCGAUUCAACCAAGUACUCAAAAAUCUUCUCCAUGCAGAAUUCCUGAGGGUUCAGGAGGAGAGGAUUUUGCAUCAGCAGGUGAAGUGUAUCAUCACAGAGGAAAAAGUGUGCACUGUGUGUAAAAAGAAGAUAGGAAACAGUGCAUUUGCCCGAUACCCUAAUGCAGUAGUUGUGCACUACUUCUGCUCCAAAGAAGUCAGUACGGCAGACACCUGAAACAUGUUGCCAUACAUUAGAUGGACUGCAUUAGCCACAAAACUCGCAUGAAAUACAGAAGUGAAGACUUGUUUAGGAAAAGUUGAUGCUCUGGAGUUUUGUGGCAUGUUGCUAGGAACAUCUUACAAAUAGCUUGUACCCAGCGUGUCUCUGGAAUGACUCUACCUACAACUUGGCAGUACUGACUUAUUUGAAAAUUGACUUUUUAGCUGCCUCUUAACACACCAAGAUGAGGAAGAAUGGAAAAUUGAUCAGCAAUGAGCUUGUAUUGCACUCCAAACCUUGCAGCCUAGUUUCCGAACACUUCUAUGGUGUUUACCAAUGAGGGCAUGUUUUAAAGUAAAAAAAAAAAAAAAUUCUAUUCAGGUAAAAACUUCUUGAUCUGACCUUGUUUGUGGCUCACUCUAAUAUUCCUCAAAAGGCAAAAUCCUUGAAAAGUCACUGCAACUGUAUUAACACUGUAUUGAAAUCUUUUAUCCACCAACUUGGGGGAGGGAGGGAGUAAGCAAGGGGGUGAGAGGCUCUUGUGCCUGAUACUUAAACAAUUGUGUCUGACUUCACCUUUCUCCCAAUGUUGGGAAUAACUAGAUGUUGAACAAAGGAACUUUUAUCUUUGAUGCCAAGAGUGCUUAUCAGCUCCCCUUCUGAUACACAGAAGUUCCACAGGAGUUAGUCACACACUAUAGGCUUCACUGAUAAGCAUUUAUUUUCCCCUUUUUGACUCUAGUUUGUUAGAGGUAUGUAAAUAUGAAUUAGCUCACACACUCUUUGCACUGUGUACAGUCACUUCCAACAUGAGUGGAUGCUUUUGAGAAGCAGCAACAACUGUCUGAAGAAGGGAAGCUCUCACUUGCACUUGUACCAAAAAGAACACUCCCUAAAAGGGACUGAAAUGUAUCUCUUGCUUAAGCUUCUAGAGCACAUUUGAGAUCCCUAUGCAUGUAAAUAGCUCUUCAGUCUCUAGUUCUCUCUCCAGCAUUAAAGUGAAAUACAGACUGCAUUUCGAUGUCUCUGUGGGCUUUAGAUCAACUCCCUUCUGCCCAGGCUGGUAUUGGGUUUUUUUAUUUUUACUUUGGCUUGAGGAUUCUAAAUACACAAAACUGGAUGCAGUAUACUUCUUCAUAGUCUUCAUGAACUUUAAUCUGUAGCAAAGUUGAUAUAAGGGUACUUGCAUGUUCACUUACUGUACAAAGAAAUUUGAGCAGCAGUGAAUAAAGGCAGCAGUAGCACAUGGUUCAGUGUAAUUGAAUGUGGGUAAUAACAUCCCAGUUUAGCCAUACUUCUAUAAUUAAGUAUUAAAUGAUAUGGAACAUGGCACACAAUUAUUAUACACAUUUUCUUUUAAAAUCUAUCAUACUCCCCAAACAAGGAGUUGAGAAAAUAAAUUUUAAAAACAAACCCAUCUGCCCAGAAUGUCAUUGAAUUUCACUGUUUACAUGUUUAAGUCCUUUUUUUAAACACUUUUAGCAACAGGUCUUCUGUAGGAUAUAAUUGAUCCUACCUCACCUUCACAUACCCUGGUUAUAUAGCCUGCUCCUUCUGCCAUCAGUUUUUUGUUUCAAGGCUAUGGUUGCCAAUAACCUUGGAUGUCUUGGGUAAUACUGCUGGUGGUGCCUUUCUGUAGAGGUUAGGGGAGUUCCUGUGCUGAGAUGGAGUUCCUUUUUUAACUUUCUAUUUGAACAAGAGAACCUAAUACAUGCUUGUAUUCAAUUUGCACAUAUUCUUUAUAGUGUUUAUCUACUAGUUCAGGUACAAGAGGAAGAUGUUUUGGGAGUUGACAGUGAAAGAAGGGUAUCUAUUAAGGCCCUACAGUUUUUGCAUACAGAAGUCAAGACCUUUCUGAUAUUGGUAAGGAGGAUAGGUAAUUCAGACUAUCUGCUGCCAGUAAAUCUGCACUCUCUCACAGUUGGGGUCUGUAGUGUACUCUUCUUUCACGGUGAUGCUUAUGUGCCUCUGUUCAGCUUUUUUGCAUACAUUUGCAGAGGUGUGGUUUGCGCUACAAUUCUGCUGUCUGUUCUCAUCCCAUGGUUUAGAUUUACUAGCCAUAUGGAAGUUUUUGUUUAAAGCAAUAUAUUGUAAUAAUAAAUAUUGUGAACCAGUC